AAUGAUAAUUUAAUUUCACUAUAUGUGUAUAUAACACACACAUACCUUUCAUUCAAUUAAUACAAGAGCUAAAAUAUGCACAAAAUAAAUAUAGAUUAUUUUAUAAUUAAAAAUUAAAACUUGAAGAUUAAAACUCAUUAUGAGACAUUAAUGAAUGUUCUAACAGGUUAGCUUGAUUUUACUAUCUAAUUCCUCUAGUGUAUUCUUCUGUGAAAUAAUGUUUGUAAAAAUUUCGCUUUUCUGUGUUGCGGGUUUUUACUCCUCAUCAUUUCGUUAUUGAAACUUCAGCAAAAUUACACCAACAACGAAGACGAAGAUCCUAAUUUGACAGUACAAGACGAGAUAUAUGUGGAUACAAUAAUUUAUAACAACGAGAUAAAAUCACAGCAAUAUGAUUUGUAUAAAAGGUUUACCGACAACACGCAAUAUAACAAAAUGGAAUAUGAAUUUAGCACUAUUUCCACGAAUAUUGAUCGAGAUAAUGUUGAUUUGAUAUUACAUAAUCUAAAAAGGCGUUCUGCUCAAAAUCAUGAAGAUGAUGACAAAAUACUAACAUCCUCUCACAUCAAUUCGACAAAUGUCAAUCAUAAAAAAAACUCUACGUCACAGAAGGUUUAUGAAAACUUGCUUGAAAAGAAUUACUCCAUGUCGAAUAAAGUCUUUGAAAAUUCCACUAAGCAUGGUAAUGAAAGUAACAUUGUCCCAUACGAAACUUGCUAUAAUACUACUUGCAUUCUGUUCUGCUGUCCCUUUGGCUAUAGCAUGAGGGCGAAUGACAGCCAGUGCAUUCCAGAGAAAAUGAAAUAUGUUUUUCCGAAUGUGUACGAAUACACGAACGAUUUAAUGCAAAACGAAAGUAAACGAGUAGACGAAUUCUUUCAAUUAGCCGUCUACGAUCCGUGCUUAAAAGCGAGACGUUCCACGGUACACGACGGUCAUCAGUACGAAUAUAAGAUUUUUGCCAAUGGUUCUAUUUAUUUACCUUAUUAUAAAAUAUUGUUUAAAUCGACAUAUUCGACAUCAUAUUGCCUCGCCGUCUUGUUGGAAAGAGAGAGUAGGUUUGAAGUGACUUACUGUUCAGAAAUAUCUGAUGAAGUUUUCAGGAAUGCUUUGAAGCAGAAACUACCUGAGUUCAGUUGGAUAACUCAAUUAAUAAAUAUAUAUUCAAGCUUAAUAUUAGUAGGUGUAUUAUUUUUGUUGGCAAUAUUUCUAGUGUAUUACAUAUUGCCAGAACUUCAAAAUGAACACGGCUUCAUGUUGCGCAAUUACACUGCAGUUGCAGCUAUUGGAUUCAUGAUUGAAGUUGUAAGACUUUCACAUAUCAAAGAGAAUCUGUCAUAUCCCGCCUGUAUUACAAUUGCCUUUUUGGAUAUUUUUGUUUUAUGUCGGGUUACUUCUGGCUCAGUACCAUGAGCUUUAAUAUGUGGCGGACAUUCAGAGGAUUCUCUUCGUUACAAAGAAACGUCAGACAAUCAGGAAAAAAAAGUUGGUGUAUUGUGCUAUUUUUGCGUACGGAUGUCCAUUUGUACUUGCUAUUAUUUGUGUCAUUAUUGUGGAUUUUAUUUCCGAGUAUGUACCAAAAAUUUUGAGACCAGAAUUCGGAAUGGGAUUUUGCUGGUACUCUACGAGUCGUUUGGAAGCGUAUAUACUGUAUUUUCACUCGGUCACAAGUGUCUGUAUUAUUAGUAGCAUUUGUUUAUCCAUUUCUGCUGCAAAGGACAUCAAACAUUUCGAAAGGGAUACAAACUUCAGUCUAACAGAUUCGGAAAGUAAGCAGUAUAAUGACAAUAAGAAAUGGUUUAAUUUGUAUAUGAAGUUAUUUAUCGUGAUUUUUAUCAUUAUGGGUAUAAAUUGGUUUCUAUAUACAAUUUCAUGGUUCCUUAUGACAAAUUUUUAUAAUUAUAGCAACACCAUUAAUUGUCUUUAUUGUUUGUUAAAUGCAGUACAGAAUUUCUUUAUCUUUAUCAUAUUUGUAUGGAAAAAGAAAAUCAAGUUGAUGUUACUGAAACGAUUCGGAUUCAAUUCGAAUGCAUCGACUUGAAUAUCACAUUUGAGGUAUCUAUGUAGAAAAAGUUGAACUCUUGCGGAAAAGAAAACUGUCACAAAAGUUUUAUCGCAGAUCAAAAAUCAACGAGUGUUUGCAAUUUAAUAGAAUCUUAUUACUAAAAUUGAAAGUUUUACAAUGUUAUAUUUUACGUAAUGUUCAGAUUUCUUCUCAAAGAAUUUAAUUUAAAAUUUUACAUGUAAUAUUUGUAUUAUCGGUGCAUAUAAUUGAGUCAAAUUGAUUUAAAUGUAAACAUUUUUCUUCAAAAAAUAAUCUUGUAUAAUAGCUAUACAAUAUA